UUGAUGCAAACAAAUUGAUGAAAAGAAAACAAAUUGUCUUGUUGACUCAACAAUUGUACAAUCGAUUCUAAGUCUAAUUUAUUUUUUGUUCUUUUAUUAUUUUAAUUUGUUUUGAUCUCUAUUGUGAACAUGUCAGAAUUAGCUGAUUCUCUGGAAAGUAAAUGUGUUCUACCAACGAAAGAAAAUGAACCGGUGAGUGAAAAGGAAGAAGACGAAAAUGAUGUCGUUACUCCUUGGAAUGUUACAUCUAAUUCUGCUACUGGAAUUGAUUAUGAUAAAUUAAUUGUUCGAUUUGGUUCAAGUAGAAUUGAUGAUGCCUUGAUUGAGAGAAUGGGUAAGAUAACUGGUGGUAAUAUUCAUCAUUUAUUACGUCGGAAAAUUUUCUUCUCCCAUCGAGAUUUCCAUUCAAUUCUUGAACGCUACGAGAAGGGUAAACCCUUUUUCCUCUAUACUGGUCGAGGUCCAUCUUCAAAGGCUCUUCAUUUAGGCCAUUUAAUACCCUUUCUAUUUACUAAAUGGUUACAAGAUACUUUCAAUGUUCCUUUGGUGAUACAAUUAACCGAUGAUGAGAAAUCCUAUUGGAAAGAUAUUCCCGUUGAAGAUGCAAUUGAACUUGCUCGGGAAAAUGCCAAAGAUAUAAUCGCCUGCGGGUUUGAUGUUAAAAAAACAUUCAUCUUUAAUAAUCUAACAUUUAUAGGAUCUUGUGGUCCAGCUUUCUACCAAAAUAUUGUCAAGAUCAAUAAACUAGUGAAUAACAAUCAAGUGAGAAAAAUAUUUGGAAUCGAUGACGCUGAUUGUAUUGGAAAAACUGGUUUCCCGUCAAUUCAAGCAGCUCCGUCGUUCUCAUCAUCAUUUCCGUUUAUCUUUGAUGGCAAGAAAGACAUUCCUUGUCUAAUUCCUUGUGCUAUUGAUCAAGAUCCCUACUUUAGGCUAACCCGUGAUGUUGCCCCGAGGCUUGGGUUUCCCAAACCCGCUCUGCUUCAUUCAUCUUUUCCUGCCCUCCAAGGGGCUCAAAGUAAGAUGAGCGCCUCCGAUGCAAAUAGUUCAAUAUUUGUCACCGAUACAGCGAAUCAAAUUAAGAAUAAGAUUAAUCGUUACGCUUUUUCGGGCGGUGGACAAACUAUCGAGGAACAUCAAGCCAAUGGUGGUAAUUGUGAUGUAGAUAUUUCUUAUCAAUAUCUUAAAUUUUUCCUCGAAGAUGAUGAUAAACUUGAACAGAUUCGUAAAGAUUAUACGGCGGGAACUUUACUCACGGGAUUUUUAAAGAAAGAAUUGAUUACAAUUCUUCAGAAAUUAGUGGCUGAUCACCAAGAGAGACGGAAACAAGUAACUGAUGAAAUACUUGACGAAUUUAUGAGACCAAGGAAAUUAAAUCUCUAAAUUUCUCUCUCUUUCUGUGAUUUAAUUAAAAUGUCUUUUUAAAUGUGGUUGUAAAAGGGCUGCAAAAGAAAUAAAAAUGUUAAUUGGUUAUUUGA